GUCCCUGCGCAGCAGCACCAGCAGUUAACGGUGCAUGUUGAAAAGUUCCCACACAAACGUCGUGAAAAUCGAAAUCGAUAAUUGCUAGAGGUAAUGUAACACCAUUAAGUCGGAGCUAAAAUAGAAAAAAAACCAAUUGUAGAGUGACCCGAUUGUCGUAGAAAAAGCCCCAUGAUGCAGCCGCCGCCGCGUAAGGGAAACUAUGUGAAAUUCCUCAAGAAUUUGCACACGGAGCAGGUGGCCAAGCUGCAGCUGAAGAACCAGCAUGAGUGCGACCUCCUGGAGGACAUCCGGCAGUUCACCAUCAAGCGUUCCGCUGUCGAGAAGUCGUACAGUGAGUCGCUGCUCAAGAUCUCAUCGCAGUAUCUCAACAAGAAGAUACCCAAUAUACCAGAUAUUAAGAUGGAGGGCAUGGAGGAGCGCUGGAACAUGUGGAGCGUUUGGCGCACUGUGCUCGAGGAGAAUGAGAAACUGGCUCGUGCUCGAUUGGCCGCUAUAGAGGUGUUUCAACAGCAAAUCGCGGAUGAGGCCAAGGUUCUUCGGGACUAUAAGUUGGCCAUAGCUAAGCGCUCGCUAUCCGGAAUUGUCAAUGUGCAGAAGGAGCUCCAUCUGAGCGUGGGCGAUGUGGACAAGACCAAGAAAUCAUACUUUGACGAAGAGCAUUGUGCUCACGAUGUCCGGGACAAGGCCCGCGAUAUCGAGGAGAAGCUUAAGAAGAAGAAGGGCUCCUUCUUUCAAUCAAUCACUUCGCUGCAGAAGAACAGCGCCCGGGUCACAUCUCGCAAGGAGCUGCUGGAGGAGAAGUCCUCUGGCGCCCGGAAUGACUACGUACUCAGCUUGGCGGCGGCCAACGCCCAUCAGAAUCGCUACUUCACCGUCGAUCUGCAGACCACGAUGACCACCAUGGAGAACUAUGUCUUCGAGCGGGUUGCCGAGUACCUGAUGCUAAUGGGACGCACAGAGCUGUUGACUUGCUCGGCUACGCAGAAUAGCUUCGGAAAGAUCCGCGACCAGGCGCAGCAGUUGACCCGGGAGUACAACCUGCAGUGCUGCUACCUGUUCUAUCCGGUGCUGAAGCAGCACAUCCAAUACGACUUCGAGGCGUGCGACAAUGAUCCGGUGCGUAAGGUGACCGCGGAGCACGAGUCCGCCGCAGAAACGCUAACCAAGGAGGCCAAGAAUCUGGCCGGAAGAGUGGUCAAGGAGAAUGCCUCGAUCAGGGAGAAUGCCAAGAAGCUAGCCCUGUGCCAGUCGCUGCGAGACUCCGGCCAGCGCACGGAUCCCAACGAUCCGAAUGGACCGGAUCUGGACACCAAGAUCGAGGAGUUCCGUGAUCAAAUCCGUCGAUCCGAGACGGAGAAGACAAAGGCGGAGGCAUGUCUGCAGUGCCUGCGCGAUGGCGGCAUCAACGUGGACGAGUGGGUGCAGGAGGCCGAGAUCAUGGGUGUACAGGAGCUGACGCGUUCGGCCAGUUCCAUUUCGAUGCGCACCGACGCCUCUGGCCAGGGCGAGAAUCCCAGUUCCGAUUCCUUCUACGACAGCGACAAGGAGGAGACUCAGGCACAGGCAGCUGCCCAAACGAAGCCCAAGCAGGAGCAACAGUUAUCCAGGGAUCGUACCUUCAGCGAUAGUGAGGAUGAGCCCGAAGUGCGUCCUUCGGCGGCGGCAGCUUCUUCUGCAGCUGCUGCCUCGUCAUCCAUGAUGGCCAGUAGUGCUGGUGGCUGGGAUGAUCCCACUGAGGUCAACUGGGGAGCUGCCGAGGAGGAGGAGGACAAGGACGAACCGAUUGUCCCAGAGCCCAAGGAGGCGAUCUUCAAGUGCACUGCACUCUACAGCUACACGGCCCAGAAUCCCGACGAGCUCACCAUCGUCGAAAAUGAACAGCUCGAGGUGGUUGGCGAGGGCGACGGCGAUGGGUGGCUGAGGGCCCGCAACUAUCGCGGCGAGGAGGGCUACGUGCCACACAAUUAUCUGGACAUCGACCAGGAGACAGCGGGCAGCGCCUUUAAUGGUACUUCAGGCAAUCAAUUGCGCUCUCAAAUCUCAUUCUCAUCUGUCGAUUAUACCGUUGACAAUGAAGAUCAGACAGUGGACUCGAUGCAAUCGCCCGACCAGGUGUCGGUCAUCAUGGCGCCCCAGAAGCGAGUCAAAUCGGACGUGGAAUGGUGCAUCGCGCUGUACGACUACGACGCCACCGCCGAGGAUGAGCUGACCUUCGAGGAGGGCGACAAGAUCAAGAUCAUCACCAAGACCGCCCACGGCGUGGACGACGGUUGGUGGGAGGGCGAGCUGGAUGGCAAGUUCGGCAACUUUCCCUCGCUGGUCGUCGAGGAGUGCGACGAGAUGGGCGAGCCGCUCAGCGAGGGUGGCGACGAGUCACCUCCGCCCACCGCGGCGCCCACUUUCGCACUGCCCCCCGCUCCGGCCCUGCCACCAGAGUACGCCCACGAACUGGAACUGGAGCUCACUGAGGAUAUGUUUGGUUCUCAGGAUACAGCAGAUGAGGAUAGCGGCUAUAUACCCAACGGCGCUGCUGCCCCGAGUAUGCCUCCGCCAGGCCAGAACCAAAGCCAAACUACUGCCAAGAAGGUACUCAUCCAAGAGCCUGGCAUGGAGGACGAUCUAAGUGACGAUGGGCAGCCGCCGCCGUCCUUGCCGCCGCCCCAACUAGCGAAGGCGGGCGGAUCCGCUCCUGGAUCUGGGAGCAAGGUCGAAAAGGGGGCGGCGGCAGGUGGCGCCAACACGCUAAACUUAGGUAUGGCACAAAUAAUUGUUACCGCUGCAACCCCCAUGGUUGAAGACGGUGCCGAUAAAUCUUUCCCACCAGUAGGCGAGAGCGAUGCGCAGCCAGAGGAGCAGGUGUCCAAGGAGCAGCCGGCGGAAGUGGCCAAAAAGCCAGAUAUUGCGCCCAAGCCGCUGGCCAAGGUGGCGCCACAGAGCGCGCCGGCCAAAGAAGGUAAUGCUGGAGUGAGGCCCGUGGUGAGCAUUACACUGACCGAGUAUCCAUCCUGUGACGCAGAGGACCAACAGUCCUUCUCGGAGGGCACCGAUUCGGCUUCGGUGGCCGAUGUGCCGGUACUGCAGGAUGCGGAGGAUCCAUUCAACGAGAAGGCCAAGGGAGAGUCCGGCGACGGUUCGGGAUUUGAGGCCAAUUUCGAGGCCAACUUCGAUGCCAACUUUGAUGACGCCUUUGCUGGAAGCGGAGGAGGUGGGGGCGGUGGAGGUGGCGGUGGGGAGCAGUCCAACGACUUGGACAUCAACGGAGAGGCAGCAGGAGAAGCAGUAUCUGGAUCUGCGGCUGGCGAUGAGGAUAUUGAGGCACCCAAACAGGUGGUCGGUGGGCGAGCUAGCAUACCCGAGGAAUUGGACUCAAAUCAAUUGGCACACUACCAUGAGCAUGAAAUAUACUAUGUAGACUAUAGCCACGGACAGUUAUAGAGCGGAUCAGCGGAACACCACAGCCACAGCCACAACCACAACCAAACCCCACAACACUCGAUAGCAUUUUGAUCUCACACUCAUCCCACAACCUAUCCAACAAAUCCAAACACACAGAUGAUAUAGCCUGACUCAGACGGACUUAUCGCAGCUUAUCGAUCGGGUGGCGGAUAUAGAUCAUAGCAAGCCCUAUCGAAUUGGUUAUACCUAUUAAAGCAACUAGGUUUGUUUCGGCCG